AUGUCUUUUCCCAAAACUGUGGCCGACUGGAACAAUCUCAAGAUCAUCCACAAAAACACUCUCCCACCACGGGCGCAUUUCUACUCCUACAGCUCCGAGGAGAAGGCUCUCACCUUUGACCGUGACAAGAGCGAAUAUUUGUCUCUCAACGGGACAUGGAAGUUUCGCCAUGAUGCGUCUCCUUACGAGGCGCCCGAUUGGCUGUCAGUCGAUCCUCUGAGCUGGGACGACAUCAAAGUCCCGGGGAUGUGGCAGCUCCAGGGCUAUUCGCAUCCGACAUACACCAACGUCAAUUACCCAUUCCAUGUCAAUCCUCCCGAGGUGCCGCUUCUCAACGAAACUGGGUCCUAUUGGAGACGGUUUGAGACACCACCCUCGUGGAACGGACAACAGAUUCGCAUUCGGUUCGAAGGAGUUGACAGUGCCUUCCACCUUUGGGUGAAUGAAGAAGAGGUUGGAUACUCCCAAGGGUCACGCAAUCCCAGCGAGUUUGUCAUAACUCCCUUCCUCCACCCCGCCGGGUCGGUGAACACCAUUGCAGUGCGUGUGUACGAGUUUUGUGAUGGAUCCUACAUUGAGAGACAGGAUCAGUGGCUUCUUAGCGGUAUCUUUCGAGAGGUCGGUUUACUGGCCUUCCCACCACACUCCGUAGUCGACUUUAACGCCGUUGCAACGCUGAGCAAGGAUCUAUCCUUAGGCGAGUUGCUCACCAGUGUCACCACACAAGGUGAAAGUGGCUUCGUGAACAUCAAACUAUACAAGCCCGAUGGCACGCUACUUAAUGAGGCGGUAUUUCCAUCCACCAAAUCUAAAAGCAUUCAGGUAUCGGGUGAUGACUUGAAGCUGUGGUCAGCCGAAGACCCCGCGCUGUAUACCGUACUGAUAUCAUUCGAUGGUCGUACAAUUCCCCAGCGGAUUGGCUUCCGGCGUAUUGAGCAGAAGGACUCCAACUUCUUGGUGAAUGGCAAGCCUAUUAUUUUUUAUGGCAUGAACCGUCACGAGCACCACCAUCUCUACGGACGCGCUGUACCGUAUGAAAAUAUGCGUGCGGACCUCCUUCUGAUGAAAAAGCACAACAUCAAUGCCCUCCGAUGUUGCCAUCAGCCCAAUGACCCAAGGCUCUAUGAGGUUUGUGAUGAGCUGGGCCUCUACGUUAUAGCCGAGGCAGAUCUCGAGGCGCACGGCUUUGAUCCCGUGGAGAGGUCUAACAUCCCAAAUCAACAUCUCAUGAGCGAACAGGAGAUCCAAGAGAUGUCGUAUCAGAUGGCCGCAAAAUGGACCUCGGACAAUCCAGAAUGGAAGGACGCCUAUCUUGAUCGAGCUGUGCAGCUUGUUCAGCGCUUCAAGAAUUUUCCAUGCAUUAUCUUCUGGUCACUUGGUAACGAGGCAUUCUACGGCCAGAAUCAUGUCAGUAUGUACAAGUGGAUUAAGGAGGCUGAUCCGACCCGACUCGUGCACUACGAGGGCGACAGAGAUGCUAUCAGCGCCGAUAUUUACUCCACUAUGUACUGGAGCCCAGACGCUCUCAAGAAGCAUGUCAUUGAGAAGCCUGAUAAACCCCUGAUUCAGUGCGAGUAUGGCCAUGCUAUGGGCAACGGUCCCGGCGGCUUGAAGGAAUACAUCAACGCUUACCGCAACGAAACACUGUUACAGGGUGGUUUUAUCUGGGAAUGGUGCAAUCAUGGUCUUCUGAAGAGAGACGGUGACGUGUCAUACUACGCCUACGGUGGUGAUUUUGGAGAUCAGCCCAAUGACGCCGACUUCAUUCUCGAUGGAAUGGUGUUCUCUGAUCACACCCCCACUCCUGGACUGGCCGAGUAUAAGAAGGCUAUUGAGCCCGUCACCGUGUCAUUGAAGGAAGGUCGCCUGGAAGUGGUAAAUCACUACGAUUUUAGCACCCUUGAUCACCUGUCCGUUUCGUGGCACAUCGUCAGGCAGCGGGGAAACACGAAGCCAAUGCCAUGGCUUCUUCCCCAAAUCAAGCCCGGGCAAUCCAUGCUACUUGAUCUUCCAGAGGGAGUAAGCUUUGGCUCGGAGCCAUGCUGGCUCACCAUCAACUUCUGCCUCGGGGAGUCCAAGGCAUGGGCCCCACAAGGGCAUGAGGUCGCGUGGGCGCAGAUUCCCUUAUUCGAGGAGCAGAAUCUCACACUUCCACUCGCCUCAAUCUCGCCAUCCCUAACACUCUCGGUACGCGAAGGGCCAGGUAGACUAUACAUCGCUUCGAAUAAUUUCGCUUCCCACUUCACGUACGAUGUUAUCAGAGGCGAUCUGUCCUGGUCCACUGAAACUGGCAAGAUUCUCCACAGCGGGCCACAGCUCGGAAUUUACCGCGCCUUAACCCAGAAUGACCUCGGCGCAGAGGGUCCCUGUGUCGAGUGGAAAAGCUUCCGCGUGGAAAGCACGCGCAUGCGUGUCAAAUCUUCUAUUUGGCAUAUUAAUCAGAACGGAAGCGUGUCCAUCGCUACCAAAGUUCGCGUUGCACCCACAGUCCUGGAGUGGGCAAUUGAAGCCACACUCAAUUACACAAUCACCGCGUCUUCUGUUAGUCUCCAUGUCAAGGGUGACUUCUUCGGCACGCAUCCUAAAUACAUACCCAGGAUCGGCCUUACCGUUCGCUUACCCCGCGACUACGAUGCCGCUACAUGGCUUGGCCGAGGACCUGGGGAGUCUUACCGCGACACGAAGGCUGCGGCCCGGUUCGGGAUAUAUACAGCCGCUGUUCAUAACGGUCUCGAGACCCCGUAUGAGUGGCCACAGGAGAAUGGCAAUCGCAUUGACACACAUUGGGUCCGUAUUCACCAGUCAGCCCCAGGUACCUCGGACUAUUCCUCCGCCGGUGCCAAUUUACCUUUGCCGGAGAUAGAGGCCAGAAUGGAUACGCCCUUUAGUUUCUCACUUCGUAAAUAUGCCACAGCAGAGCUGGACCGCGCCAAACACCCUCACGAUCUUUCAGAGCUGAACCGCGAGACCGAAUUUAAUAUUGAUCUUGCGCAUCAUGGAAUUGGUACGGCGAGCUGUGGCCCUGGCCCAUUCAAGGAUCAUAGAUUAGAGGCGGGACCGUUUGAAUUUACCACGCUUUUUAGGUUGAUUGCCAGCCAAGACAAUUGA